GAAUUAUGUUAAAUUACUUUCCGAUCAGAUCGGGUCGGGUCAAUUUUUAACCCCUUUAGUCACAAAUGGGUGAAAAGAACAAGACCCUCUACUUUAGCCUUUGGGAGCCCCCCUCAAAAUGUAGGAUCACGUGAGUUUAUGACAAAAACUUGAAAGAAAAGCGGGAAAACAUAACCUACAGUAACACACCACCCCACCAAAAAAAACAAAAGCAUAAAAGUGGGCCCAAAAAUCUUAAAUUGGGCCUACUUCGUAAAUGUAAAGACAACAUAAAUAUAGCCUGGGAGAAGUCCAACAAAACUCCAGGUAUCUUACGUGGCACCCUUCACCUUUAAAAAAAAUAAUAAAAAAUUGACACUUCUUGAAAGCGUCGUUGCCUUGUUCUUGUCACAUUUGUUGCACACACCAGAGGAAAGGGGAGGGAGGAGAGAGAAAAUUACUCAACGCAUUCAAGAAUCUGUUCUCCUUCCUUCUGAAAAUUGAGAAUAUAUGCGUUACGUUUUGAAAUCCUUAGAUUUUGUAGAAUUUUCUCUGUUUUUGAUCGGGAUUUAGUCACCAUUUUUGACGAUUUCUUGGAUUUUUUUAAAUUUUUUGGAGCUACGAAGUCAAAUUGGGGGCGGCAUUUGGAGAUUCCUUCGAUUUUUUUUUUUUUUUUUGGAGCAAUUUUGAGGAUUUGAGGUGGAUUUUUUUUUGUUUUGAUUGAGGUAAUUCGGAGCUUUUUUUGAAUUUUUAACGAGUUUGAUUUUGUUUGAGUUGAUUAUUUGAGGUAAUUCGAAUAAUUAGGGUUCAUUUGGGGGAUAUAGAGUUGUAAGAGCUGAUUUUGUGGCUUAAUUUUGCAUAUUUUGGGGUUAAUUUUGAGUAUUUGGGGUUUUAGAGGAGUAAAUGAGCUGGAGAACAAUGCGUUUUGAGGUUAUAUAAUGAUGAUGAAGAAGAAUCUGAUGAUGGAUUACACAAAUUUUGAGGAAGAGAAGCGAUAAUGGUUUGGAGAAUUGGCAUUGUUUUUUCAUGGGGUUAGAAGUUGAGUCACUGAAUUUCAGGUUUAGUAUUAUUAGUCGUUUUUGGAUUGGUUCAAAUGGGUAAAACAAGGCUGGGACGAUCACAACAACGCUGGAUUUCGCAACGUAGAUGGGUGAUUCGACGAGGGGCGGCCCCGGGGAAAGGGACAUUGAACAGGCGGUUACUGCGUUGAAGAAAGGGGCAACUUUGCUGAAGUAUGGGCGAAGAGGGAAGCCUAAAUUCUGCCCGUUCCGGCUUUCAAAUGAUGAAUCCGUAUUGAUAUGGUACUCUGGGAAGGAGGAGAAACAGCUAAAACUCAGCCAAGUUUCAAGGAUUAUUCCUGGGCAGCGAACUGGAAUUUUUAAGCGAUAUCCUCGGCCUGAAAAGGAGUAUCAAUCAUUUUCUCUUAUAUACAAUGAUAGUAGAUCAUUGGAUCUGAUAUGCAAGGACAAAGAUGAAGCUGAAGUGUGGUUUGUUGGUCUUAAGGCACUAAUUUCUAAGAAUGGCUGGCGUAAAUGGAAAAAUGAAGCAAGGGAGAGUAGUACAUCAUCUGCAGAUGGCUCAACUAAUCGGAGAAUUCAUCAAUCAAUUGCAUCACAUGAUGCUGGGGAUGCACCCUGCCAAGUGCCAAUUGAGAGUCCUCCUCAAACUGGAUUGGGGAAAGCAUUCUCCGACAUAAUACUUUACACUGCAGCAUCCAAUAACUGCAGUCAGGCCGAGGCAUCCAUCUAUGUUGCUAGCUUUCCACCUUCCAACAGUGUAGAAAAUUUUACGGGCCGAAAUUCAUCAUCUGAAAGCAUUCGGAUUAGUUCAUCAAGUUUGGUAAGUUCAUCAAGUCAGGGAUCUUUUCCUGAUGAUUUUGAUUCCUUGGGUGAUGUUUUCAUGUGGGGAGAAGGAAUCGGUGAGGGCAUAAUGGGUGGUGGCUCCCUUGGAGUUUCACCAAGUGGCAAGUAUGAUGCUAAUCUACCCAAGGCACUAGAAUCAACAGUGGUCCUUGAUGUUCAUCAUAUAGCUUGUGGUGUUAGGCAUGCAGUGUUAGUUAACAGGCAAGGGGAAAUCUUCAGUUGGGGGGAAGAGUCAGGAGGCAGGCUUGGGCAUGGUGUGGAAGUUGAUGUUUCCAAUCCAAAGUUGAUCGAAGGUCUUAGUGGUAUGAAUAUUGAACUAGUUGCAUGUGGAGAGUACCAUACCUGUGCCAUUACAACAUCUGGUGAUCUUUUUACAUGGGGUGGUGGUACCUGGAAUCCUGGUAUGCUUGGACAUGUUAGUGAGGCAGGUCACUGGAUACCUAAAAGAGUAUCUGGCCCUUUAGAAGGUAUGUAUGUAUCUUUUGCAUCUUGUGGACCUUGGCAUACUGCUGUAGUUUUAUCAACUGGUCAGUUGUUUACAUUUGGAGAUGGUACCUUUGGUGUCCUGGGCCAUGGAGACCGUAUGAGCUAUACUGUUCCAAGGGAAGUUGAGGCCUUAAAGGGACAACGAACACUGAGGGUAGCUUGUGGUGCUUGGCAUACUGCUGCAGUUGUUGACAUUCUGGAAAGUGAAACUAUGUUUGAUAGAUCUUUCUUAGCAUCGGGAAAGCUCUUUACCUGGGGUGAGGGUGAUAAAGGCCAGCUUGGCCACGAUGAUAAGGAAGCUAGAUUGAUCCCUGAGUGUGUGGAAGUGCUAAUGGAUAAUAGUUUCUGCAAAGUAGCUUGUGGCCGUGAUUUUACUGUUGCUCUUGCUACCUCUGGACGAGUUUAUACAAUGGGCAGUACAGCUUAUGGACAAUUAGGAUGUCCUGCUGCUAAUGGAAGAAUUCCAUUUUGUGUUGAGGGUAAGAUUGCAGACAGUUUUGUAGAAGAUAUUGCUUGUGGUUCUCAUCAUGUUGCAGUUUUGACAUCUAAGGCGGAGGUUUUCACUUGGGGAAGAGGGACCAAUGGGCAAUUAGGUCAUGGAGAUAAUGACCACAGAGAUGAACCUACUCUUGUUGAGUUCAUGAAAGAUAACCAAGUAAAGAGAGUAGCAUGUGGGUCCAAUUUCACUGCUGCCAUUUGUUUACACAAAUGGGCUUCGGGAACUGAUCAUUCUACGUGUACUGGUUGUCAUAAUCCAUUUGGUUUCCGGAGGAAACGUCAUAAUUGCUACAACUGUGGGCAGGUAUUUUGCAAGGCAUGCAGCAGCCGCAGAUCUCUGAAAGCUUCUUUGGCUCCAAACAUGAAUAAGCCUUACCGGGUUUGUGAUGAUUGCUAUGUGAAGCUGAAGAAAGCAACAGAAUAUGGAAAUAUGCGAAUCCCUAGACCUGUCAGUAAAAUCAGUCUUCAAAAGUCCAAUGAAGGAGCAGAAAAGGAAACAUUACUUCCCAAAUUUGGGGGACUCUCAUUUGUCAAUUCCCUGAAAAGAAUUGAUAGUGAUCGUUCUAAGGGUGGUGCCAAACCAGGAAAAGUUGAGAGCUCCAUCUUUCCUACUUUCAAUGGGAUAUUUCAACCUGGCAGUAGUCAUGUAUCAAGCAGUUUAUACCCUAUGUUGGGAACCUCAGAUAAACGAGUCUCAGCUUCUGCUCCUGGUUCCAGAAUGGUUUCUCGGGCAGCAUCACCCAUUUCACAAGGGUGCAGUCCUGUAAGAUCAUUUACAUUUAAUAAUUCAAUCAGUCUUCCCACGUCUCCGGAACUUAUGGCUCCUAACUCAAAGCCUACACAAGAUAAUUUGAGGCAAGAAAUUGUUCAAUUAAGAGUAGAGGUAGAAAAACUUACUGGUGACAAUAAGCUUCUUGAAGCUGAACUGGAGAAAACAAGAAAGCGACUUAAGGAGGCCAAAGUGGUAGCAGUAGAUGAGGCUGAGAAAUCCAAAGCUGCCAAGGAAGUCAUCAAGUCCCUGACUGCACAGUUGAAGGAGAUGGCUGAAAAGUUACAGGGAGGAAAAGAUGCAAGCAGCAAAUUAGAUUUUUGUACACAAUCCUCUGGUUCCUUUAGAAAGGUCUCUGAUGAUAACUUUUUGUCUCCUAGAAGUGAGUCAACUGUUACUAUGGAUGCCUUACUAACUAAUGGAGAAAAAGCACAGCCUGAAAAGACGGAGUGGGUUGUACAAGAUGAACCUGGCGUGUACAUAACACUUUGCUCCUUGCCAGGAGGCACUAAUGAGCUCAAGCGUUUGCGUUUCAGCCGCAAACGUUUCAGUGAAGGACAAGCGGAAAAGUGGUGGACUGAAAACAGCAGCAGAGUAUGUGAACGGCACAAUAUACAGAGUCAAUAGGUGUGGCCUGAGUAUAUAUUAUCAACUUGGAAGCAAAGCUGGCAACAAUGGCAGGUUUAUUUGGAGUGUGUUGACCUGGUUUCUCAGGUAAACUAUGGCAGACAUACUUGCACCAUCAAGUGACAGGAAGGGGUGAACUCUUAAACCCACACGGCCACACGCCUUUGCAAAUGUGGAAUUGUGAAUUUGCCUUCACUUUCAAGAGCCAGUCAAAAUCCUUCUUUUUACAUGAUCCAUUCUUUGUCCUCAUUGUGAUUGUAUAGUUAGACAAUCAACUGAACUUACUGAAUCAUUGCAGCUUUUAGUUUUAUAUAGGGUACACUAACAGGUACUGUUUGUUCACGGUUUUCUGUUUCCACUUACAGAUGAAGUGGAAAAUGCAUUUUUGCUUCAAAGAUUAAACAAAUCAGAUUGUAUUGUUAUUGUUAAGAGUAAGCUCUCACAAAACAAAAACUCUACUAAGAAGAAACGAAAUGUGGCAUAGCCAAACCUACAAUGUCAUCAUCAACUAUGAUCCACGGCCUGAAGGUGGCUUUUGCACCUGCCUCCAUCCCUAGUCCACAAUAACCAGCACAGCUGCCACAGCCAACUCCACCUGAUAGUCCUGAUUGCCAUCUCACCACCACCACCACCAAACCAACCACCCAACACCUG